UGCCAACCUGGUGAACAAUACCCAUACAACCAUCCCUAUCCAAACUGAGUUCCCUAGACUAGCAUCAGAAUUACCUAUCUGCAGGAAGCGGAAGGACACUGCGAAAGCUCUUCAUUUGCAUUUCACAGUCCUGUAGAGACAGCGUGUAGGGCCUGGUCGGCAUAGACUCUACAGCCAUGAGAGAGCAAACAGCAGAAAACAGUGACGCCGCCGACGCUAAGCUCCGAAGAUCACAUCGUAAGUCCAGGAAUGGAUGUCGUAAUUGUAAGCGACGUAAAGUUAAGUGUGAUGAGCUUAAGCCAGAGUGCACAAAUUGCGUCCGCUUUGGUAUGCCGUGCGACUUCACCGGCCUUGCCAAUCCUAGCUCUUCGGCCACUUCGACAACUAGCCAUCAUAUCGUAUCACAGGAUCGUGCUAUUCCAAUUCGAAAGAGAGGCCGUGGCCGACCACGAAGAGAUUGGUCACAAGAUGCGGAACCUAAUACUCCAGCACCAGCAGCGCGUCCUCCGAGUCCAAAGCAGACCCAAGAAUCCAUCUACGAUCCAUACACGUUGAACAUUGCCAAUGUUGAGCUAUUGGUACACUUCACUGCCGUCACUGCGAGCACUCUAUCAGGCGCACCUUCACGCUACGACAAAAUGUCGAGUUUCUGGGCGGACAACGCUCCUCGGAUUGGUUUGACGCACCACUAUGUACUCCAUCUAGCAUUCUCCCUAGCAUCUUACCACCGGGUAUACCUGCAAGACUUCAACAGCGGUCAGCUAUCCGAAUAUGUUCAGCAGGCUGACCACUAUUUCCGAAUCGGCCUCACUGCCUUCACAGCAGCUCUGACGAACGCGAACAAAACCAAUUGCGGUGCGCUCGAUAUUUCUGCGCAGUUAGUGUGCUUCUGCACUUUUGCUGCGGGGCCAAAGGAUCUCAACGACCUCUUGAUCUGCAGAGUCGACGACGAAAUUGCGCAUAAUUGGGGCCCUCUAAUCAAGGGUCUUCGUCUAAUCCGUGAGAUGUUCGACCCGAGUACCCUCUUCUCAGGGCUAAUGGCACCUCUUGGUCCCUCAGAUGGUCCCCCACCGCCCCACGACCAGCGUGCAGAAUGUGCUCGGGAGAAUUUUCCUCGUCUUGACUGGGAACCACCAGUGAAAGACCUGUCCAAUCUCGUCGACGAGAGCGCAAGCCAACACCGCGAGGUCUACCGCGUGGAGUUAAGGAAUCUUACCGCAAUCUAUCGUGGCACUUAUGGCGACACGAGCUCUGAGUAUGACGGUCUAGACACUGACCGGAUGGUUUUCGGCUGGUUGUAUCGUAUGAACGACGCUUUUGUUAAUUGCGUUCGCUUGAAAGAGCCGGUGGCCUUGAUUAUACAUGCCUACUUCGCGGUUUUGUUGAAAACCAUGUCGAAAUGCUGGUAUAUAGAAGGCUGGUGCGAGCAUCUCUUGGCCAGUGUCACCAGAAUGAUUCCCGGUUCAUAUAAAAAGUGGCUAGAUUGGCCGAGGAUGCAGGUUGGCAUGCCACGUUGAAGGAUGCGACCCCGAUUCAAGGAUUCAGUCUAGCACAUGUGAAUAUCAACCUCGUUUAGUGUAACAAAAUUUUGCGUCUAUGUUGUGUUGAUAUUUUCAAUGCUUGUGAAUAUGGCAAAAUCAGGAUACUUCUAAGAAGUUCUUCUACGUCA